GUUUCAGAUUGUGUUGAAGGAUAAGUGUCCGUCAUGGAAAAUCCAGGGACUCGAAGCAGUGACGAUGAUGUCCAAAGAGCAGAGGACAUGUUCAGGAGAAUUCUGAAUCCUAUCGAACCUUUAGUGAUGAGAAUUCAGAGUUUACUUGUGUGGGAAUAUCCGAGGAAAAGCGCAGUGCUAUUUGUUUGUGUUCAUGGAAUAUUUUGGUUUUUCGCAGUGAAAGGAUGUCAGUUUUACUCCAUCGCCAGUACCACCCUCUUCAUUAUGUACUUGGUUCUGACGUGGAAGUAUAAAAUUUGGCCAAAAAUUUAUCGGUUUUUAGCAGCAGUAGGAUGUCGGUUUUAUUUUGUGGUCAGUACAGUCACCUACAUUGUUUAUUUGGUACAGACUUGGAAACAUAAGAUAUGGCCAGAAAUAAGAGUACCACCAGCUGUUCCUGAGGAUCCUGACAGCUGGACACCUGUACAUCCCCGCCUGUUGAGUGUACCAGAACUCUGUACAUAUCUUGCUCAUCUGUGGUGCUCGUGUUCUAAUAUUGUACAUUACUGGUUGACAUUUAGAAGAGUUUACCCUUUUUUGUUUUGUGUUAUGAGCAGCUCAUUUUUCUUAAUCCUGGCUAUGAUUGGACGUUAUAUACCAGGGAUAAUGCUAGCCUAUAUUAUAGUUAUCAGUACGUUGCUGUGUCCCAGUGUUCUUUACCACAAUCUUCUCAAGAGAGUCUACCUCAAGUUUGAACCAAUAUUCAUGAAAAUGGAUUAUUCUAUCAAGCUAAAGAAUAAGUGGUCUUUCAAAGUUCCACGGUCAUCCACAUCAGUUGGUUCUUCUGGCCGUGUAGAAAUAUCCGAGACAGACAGCGAAACAGAGUUCACACCAUCCUUAGACCCUGCUACCACUGCAGCGCUGGCACGUGCCAUCACAGACAGCGAGGAUGAGAGUCCAGACCCAUCACUGUCUUCACCUCUCCUGUCCAAGGAGCCGUCUAUUGACUUGGAAGAUGAUGAUUACCAAGAACGGCAGGUUGAUUUUGAUGUGAAUUUUGAGGAAGGGAUCCAGGAGAUGCCUUCAUUUGAUGAUGUUUUAGACAACACCGAUGAUGAACUUCUUGAGCAUAUUCCUAAAAGGCUUUCCAAACACAGACGACCGAAACUGGACGAUAUGACCUUUGUAUCAGAACAUUUUGGUGACACAUCUGACUCUGAAGAAGGGGAGACUGACUUGAAUUUUCCAUCUUUGAUGGCAGAUAGCAUCUUGUCUUCAGAAUCAGACUCAGGAGGCAUCAUGCCAUCUGGUGCUGGUGCCUUUGUGUCAAAAACUCUGUCAUCUGUUGUUGGGUCUGCUCUAUCUGGCAUAUCAAAUUUGAAACCUAGCACCACAUCUGCCAACAAGGGAGAUAAAUCUAAUGUUCCUGCAAGUGUUUCAUACAAUCAGCAAUCCGGUGAUGAAGUAGACUUUCAUGUGACCUCAAACAACGACCAACAGACCAGACCAUCUAACCAACAAGAUGAUAAUUCUAGUGACAUAGACAUUGGAGAGGAAUUUGAAUUUUUGGACCAGUAUGACUUGGAAGAGGAGGAAAAAUAGUUUUCAUAUGUAAUGAACAACUUUAUUUUUAAAGUAAAUUUUAAGAUUUAGGUUUAUGCAGAUAAUUUUGAUGAAAAUGCAUUAAAGAUGUACAAAUUGGUGAAGUAUGAAUGGAACUGUGAUGAAAUGUUAAUGUUUUAAUUUCAAAAUAUUAAAAUUAUUUGUUUAAAAGAGAAUUAAGUGAAAUUAUGGACACCUACAACAGUUACAGCAAAAAUGAAGAUGACAUGUUAUGAUAUAAUAGAAGUAUGGUAUUAGAAGUCAAGCACUUAGAAUCAUACUAGAUUUAUCAUUUUAUAUGAAUUAGACAAAUUUAAAGUCGGAAUUCGAUUCUGUAUUAUAUGUACCACAGUGGUUAUGUAUAAGUAUACACGAUUAGCACAACUCUUGUUGUCCGAUUAUAUCAGUACACAUGUGUAUUGUAAAGGUAUCAUACUUCAACUCCAUUUCUGAAAGCUGUUGUAGAGUUUGAAUUAGAUAUUCUGCUGAAAAACAAAUUUAUCUUAAUACGGAAUGAAAAACUUAUCUCCCUAAUUUUUUUUACCUUCAGUCAUAAUUCAUGUUAAGAAAAUUAUUACCAGUGCUUUCUGAUUUUUUUAAUUCCAUAUUACAAAUUAAUGAAUGAUGACAGAGUUCUGAUAAAUAGAGUGGAUCUAUUUAAGUUCAUAGCAUUUGUAAUUCUUAUCACGUUAAUUUAAAGCUCAAAUGAGCUGAAAACAAUCUCUUGUCAAUGUUUCUUCAUCUUUGUUCUCAUAACAUUCUGCUGAACAUAUAACAUAUCUACAGCCUACAUGACAUUUAUAUCAACUGCCCACACAACAUUUAUAUCAACUGCCCACACUACAUUUAUAUCUACUGCCCACACAACAUUUAUAUCUACAGCCCACACUACAUUUAUAUCUACAGCCCACACUACAUUUAUAUCAACUGCCCACACUACAUUUAUAUCUACUGCCCACACAACAUUUAUAUCUACUGCCCACACAACAUUAUAUCUACUGCCCACACAACAUUUAUAUCUACUGCCCACACUACAUUUAUAUCAACUGCCCACACUACAUUUAUAUCUACUGUCCACACUACAUUUACAACAUAUAUAUCUACAACCCACACUACAUUUAUAUAUACAGCCCACACUACAUUUAUAUCUACUGCCCACACUACAUCUAUAGCUACUGCCCACACUACAUCUAUAUCAACUGCCCACACAAUAUUUACAUCUACUGUCCACACAACAUUUAUAUCUACUGUCCACACUACAUUUAUAUCUACAGCCCACACAACAUUUAUAUCUACAGUCCACACUACAUUUAUAUCUACUGCCCACACUGCAUUUAUAUCUACAGUCCACGCUACAUUUAUAUCUACUGUCCACACUACUUUAUAUCUACUGCCCACACUACAUUUAUAUCUACAGCCCACACAACAUUUAUAUCUACAGUCCACGCUACAUUUAUAUCUACUGUCCACACUACUUUAUAUCUACUGCCCACACAACAUUUAUAUCUACUGUCCACACUACAUUUAUAUCUACUGCCCACACAACAUUUAUAUCAACUGUCCACACUACUUUAUAUCUACAGUCCACACUACAUUUAUAGCUACUGCUCACUACAUUUAUAUCUACUGCCCACACUGCAUUUAUAUCUACAGCCCACACUACAUUCAUAGCUACUGUCCACAUUUAAUUUAGUAUCUGAAAUAUGCAUAACAUUUCUUAAUUGUUUAUAUCACAAUUUUGUUGUUGUAAUUAUUUAUUGAUUUUUGUUAUUAUGACUUAAGGUUACAUAUACACAUGAAUUUACUGUUAUUUGCCUUUAGAUUUACCCUAUGUGAGAAAGGAGGAAUUGAAAGUAUAUCCUUUUGCACUACAUGCUAAUAUAUCCAGAAAUACUUGAUAAAUAACAAGGCCAUUAAUGUAUUCAGUAUUGAUACAUCACUGAAGCUCUUGACUGUAGUCUGGCAUAAUUGAUUAUUGAGUGUAUUACAAGUGUAUCAUAACUAUCACUUUGUCUGAAAAGAGAAACUUUAGGAUGCAGUCCGUAGGAAGUUUUGUUCAAAUAGGCCAGUAAUAAAACGUGAGAUUUUAAUCUGUUCUACUACUGUAAAUUCUAUUUUCAUACAAGAAUAAAUAAAUGUACUUGAAAAUUAAUAAAACUUCCAUUUUUGUGCAGCACUCUUACUAAUAAGGUAAUGUAAUGAAAACAUGUCCUCAGUGAAAGGAGGUCCUCAGGAAUGACAAAGAAACUGUAAACUCGGGGAGUAAAUGUGUUGUGUUAUAAUCAGAAUACAGCUCUCUAAAGAAUCUCAUGUAUUGGUUUACAUUGAAACCAAGUUGUAAAGUGCAAAUUGACUAAAUUGUUUGAAAUGUUAUUUCUUCUAUUUAAUGUAUUGAUUUAAUAUAACUACAUUUCUGUGUUUAAAGUGACAUGUAUUUUGUGAAUGGCUAAAUAAUACUAACAAGAAAACUUGCUUCAGUUUUGAUAUCCUCAUCAUGUUUCAAUGGUAAAGGUUAACAAAGAUACAAUUUCUGUGAAAUAAUGUAAUGUACAUUCUUUCUUAACCUACAUACUUCCUCACCUCACUUACUUCCAUAACCUACAACCUUCCUUAACCUACAUAAUAUACAUUCUUCCUUAACCUACACAAUUGCGUGUCUACAGCCUUCCUUAACCUACACACUUCCUUAACCUAUAUAAUGUACAUUCUUCCUUAACCUACAACCUUCCUUAAUCUAUAUACUUCCUUAACCUACAUAAUAUACAUUCUUCCUUAACCUACACAAUUCUGUACCCUACAGCCUUCCUUAACCUACACACUUCCUUAACCUAUAUAAUGUACAUUCUUCUUAACCUACACAGUUCCGUACCCUACAGCCUUCCUUAACCUACAUAAUAUGCAUUCUUCCUUAAUCUACACAAUUCCAUACUCUACAGCCUUCCUUAUCCUACACACUUCCUUAACCUAUAUAAUAUACAUUCUUCCUUAACCUACACACUUCCUUAACCUACACAAUUCCAUAACCUACAUAAUGUACAUUCUUCCCCAACCUGCAUACUUUCUAAACCUACAAACUUCCUUAACCUGUAUACAAUGACCUUCUUUCCUUAACCUACCUUUCUUCUUUUACCUACAUUUAUACUUCUUAAACUAUAUACUUCAUUAACGUCAUACUCCUUUAGUUACAAUGACUGUCUUCUUACCAUUCAUUUGAUAUCAAUCAGUUUAAUUGUUUGGUGGAACAGUAUCGUAGUUAUUAUAAUGGUAUAUCCACUCUGUGGUAGAUGUAACUUACAUGUGGUAUUGGGUUGUCUUUCAUAGUGCUUUCCCGGUCAUGGAGUUAGGAAAUAUUUUUUGUGCUGUAACAGUAUUUUAUUUAGUGUAUCAGUUAUUAUGUAGUAUGGUAUAUUAAGCUGUUCUUUGCUUUGUGUUCAUAUUAAUUUCCCUAUUAAGUAAGGUGGGGUUGAUUGAUUUCUUGCUAGUCUCUGUAAGCCUGUUAUCUAUUCUGAAGUUUUUCAUUAUGAAUAGACUGUUAUAAGUUGCUUCUAUGAUUGAUUAUGAAACAUAGACAUUUUCAAAAGACAUUGUUUCAUCAUAUUGGAGUAUAGUAGAUAAAUAUAAUUAAUUUAAUAGAAUGUAUACUGAUGUAUUCACAGGACGAUAUACACCCAAUUUACCUUUAUAAUUAUAGAAGAACAUUUUGAUAUUAGUAAAACAUAUUCUAAUACAGAUGUAUCCGGUAUAUAUACAUAAAAGUAGCAUUUAGAAAAAGUGAAUACCUAUUAGUACUGAUGUAAUUCAUUUUUUAAAAAAAUCCAAUGUCAAAUGUGAGCAGAAAGUCAAAUGAUACCAUGAUCUAGUUUGUAUAGUCAAUAAAGUUAAAAAAUUUGGACUGCAAAAGUUGAAAGAUUCAGUCAAAAUUCAAAAAGAUAUAAGUUUAACAGGUAAUACUACAAUCUUGCCUUCAUUAAUUUUGUUCUGAAUUUUGAUUGGUGGAUUAUACUUGUGAUAUUUUUAUUAAUAGGUUCUGGCUGUUUCUUACUUACCGUACAGUGCUUUGUUGAUAUUUUUAUGUCCCGUGAUUUGUUUGAAUAUGUAAACAUUUUACUAUUGAGUGAUUACCUGUUGGUUAGAAUGAUUUUUUAUUUAUCUUGAUGUAAAUACGGCAUGCUCGUUACGUUUUUGAUUUGGACAGUAAAUUCUGUGAUUAGUUUGUUCGUAUUCUUUAUUAUCCCCGACUAUAGCGAUACUGUUGUACCAUAUCGUAUAUUGUAUACAAAUAUUGUGAGAUUAAUAUUUACACAAUAUAACAGUAAAGUUAGUCUUUUUCAUCAGCAGAGUGAAGUUGUAUACCUUCCUGUUAACAUUGUACUUGUAUUUGCAAAACUGGCAUUUUACAAGAUGUGUAUGAAUGUAUGCCUUCUUGUGAGUUGUGAUUCUUAAUGGGAAAAUAGAUUUGAAGCUAAUUGAACAUAAAUAAUCUACAACAUACACAGUAUUAUUGUUGAUAAGGUCUUAGUGUCAGUCUAGUAUUCCAUUUCUUAGAUUUUGUUUUACCUACAAAUGAAGGUAACACAUGGAUUAGAAAUGUCCUUUUUGUUAAUUAGAAAAUCAUAUUAGUGUCCAUCAGAUCUUGAGCAUUUCUAAACCUGGAGAAGAGGCAGUAUAGCGAGGAGAAGAGGCAGUAUAGCGAGGAGAAGAGGCAGUAUAGUGAGGAGAAGAGGCAGUAUAGCGAUAUUUAGUGAUUCCUCUUGAUGUGGGUGAAUGUUAAGGAAGAAUUUCAGCUUGAUGAUUACAUAGAUGUUUCCAUUCUUUUUCUCCCACAUUCCAAUUUGGGUUGGGGACUUCCUCUGUGAUCAUCUUUACCGAAAAAUGAAAGCCAAACAGAGGGAGGCUUAUCAAAUUUAGAGUAAACAGAACUACUCCAAACCUAGUCUGUCUGACCUACAAGGCUUAUAGUUUAGUGCAACCUUUUGCUUAUUGCUGGUUUCCAAAUAUUGGCAAUUUAUGCAAGUACAUUGUAGUGGAAAACGGGGAUUUCCUUAACCCUUGUUUAACAAGUCAUAACAUACAUGCACAUGGACGGGAGGUAAAUCUGUCCAUGUUUACUUCAUAGGUUGUGCCUUUAUUUUAAAAUUUUCUCCGUGUCAUUACAGGAUGGUCAUUGACUUACCACACUAAAGGUGAGGCCAAAUUCAGCUUGGAAAUCAUUCAUUUUAAUAGAAAACUAUUGUUAGGGAGUGAGAGAGAAAUGAAACAGUUUGCUUAACUGUAAAAAUACUUCCCUGUUUUUUUGAGAUUUAUUUGUCUACAAUGCAUGUGAUUAUUUUUCAAUGUAUGUGCAGAUUUAAAGAAAAUUAUGUUUACAAGUGAUCAUCAUAUUUGAGACGAUGUGAACGUUGUGACAAUUGUUAUUUCAGUCAAUUCAUGACAAUUAUAGUACAACCAUUGUUUUAAUUGAUAUUGUCAGUACAUUAUUUAUCUUAAUAGAUCACAUUGCACUGUGGUAGAAAUUGCACAGUUACAGAAUUAUCUACAAAGGUUAUCAUGUUGAUGUACUUUGUAUCAAAUUCACUACAUCACACUAAUUUAUUUGUCUGUAUACAUGCAUGUCUCUGUAUACAUUUGAAAAAUUUUUAAAAGCAAGUCGAAUAAAAUUGAAAGGAAAUUCAAAGUGAUAGUUAGCUGUUAAAAACAUUAUAAUAGUGGUAUUAUGACAAUAAUGGGGUCAAUAUUUUACAAACUAGUGGUACAAGAAAUACAAGCAUUAGUGUGUCAUUACUGCUAUGUAUUUUCUGUUGCUUUUUUACAGUAUUGAUAGACAGGUACAUGUAAAUACCAAAAUGCAGAAAUAUCAAGAUAGAAAAAAGAUAGGGAUAGUUUCAUUAAUAUUUUGUUUCUCAUCCCCACAAAAGUUCAUUCUACUUAGAAUCUUGUAAUUGAAGACGAAACAGUUUCAGGGUAACGGAUCACAAAUUUCAUAAUCAUCGUUGAAUAUUUACGAUUUUGGGAUGAAGAUUUUCAUAAUAAAUGUGACUACAAUCUUUCCCUUAUGGAUUACUUAUAGAGAAACUGAUUUCCCAAAUGGAAGUUGAAAUAGAAAUGGACACAUUAUCAACCAGAAACAGGACUUUGAUGGGAUUAACCAAGAUCCAGUGUAGUUUAGUACAAUGGUUAAAGUUAAUAUUAUAGAAUAUUUCUAUAUGUGUGUUUAAUUAUUUAAUCUCCUGUUUUGAACUGUUUGCAAUCAUUUCAUCAUAUUGAUUCUAACUAACAGUAUGUUUGAUUAAAUACAUAAUUUAUCCUGACAUGUGA